UGCAUAGCUCACUGCAGUAGAGUUUCAAACUGGGGAAAAAGAGUAAGCAUCUAUGAAUAAGGUGUAUCAAAGAGAUUUUCUAUUUAAUUCUUUAAUCUUCAACAGAGAAAACAAGUUACUGAUAUUAUUGUUAAUAUUUCAUCCUUUACGUGACAGAGACGUAAGGUAACAAACAUGGCUGCGUAUUACGGAAAUUCCACAAUGCUAAAUAAACAGACCUUGAUGAAAUACCUCAGCCUUCCUCAACCUGAGAACAAAGUGCAGUGUAUGUAUGUGUGGAUUGAUGGCACUGGAGAAUCUGUGCGUGCCAAAACCAAGUCUAUAAAUUUUGUUCCCAAACAUCCUGAUGAACUACCCAUCUGGAACUAUGAUGGCUCUAGUACCUACCAGGCAGAAGGAUCCAACUCCGACAUCUACCUUCACCCUGUCGCCCUCUACAGGGACCCUUUUCGUGGCGGCAACAAUAAGCUCGUGUUGUGUGAGACUUAUAAAUAUAACCAUAAACCUACAGAAUCGAACAAAAGGUGGUCUUGCUUCGAAGUGAUGGAAAAAGCCAAAGAUCAGCACCCUUGGUUUGGAAUCGAACAGGAAUAUACUCUGUUGGACGAAGAUAAGCAUCCGUUUGGUUGGCCCAAGAACGGUUUCCCAGGUCCUCAGGGCCCCUAUUAUUGUGGUGUAGGCGCUAACAAAGUGUACGGCAGGGACGUAGUCGAAGCACACUACAGAGCUUGUAUGUAUGCUGGUAUCAAUAUUGCUGGAUCGAAUGCUGAAGUGAUGCCCGCCCAGUGGGAGUACCAAGUUGGGCCAUGUGAAGGAAUAACCAUAGGGGAUGACCUCUGGAUGUCUAGAUUUAUCUUGCAUAGAGUAGCUGAAGACUUUGGUGUGGUAGUUUCUUUCGAUCCCAAGCCAAUACCUGGUGACUGGAACGGAGCUGGCGCGCACACAAAUUUCAGCACUCUGGGAAUGAGAGAGGAGGAUGGCUUGGCUGUGAUCGAACAGGCCAUUGAGCGACUGGGUAAUAAGCACGAACUGCACAUUCGUGCAUACGACCCCAACGAGGGAAAGGACAAUGCAAGGCGACUUACAGGGCGCCAUGAAACAUCAAGCAUCCACGAUUUCUCGGCAGGUGUGGCCAAUCGAGGGGCUAGUAUCCGUAUCCCUCGGCAAGUGGCAGAGGAACGUAAAGGAUACUUGGAAGACAGACGUCCUUCUUCAAACUGCGACCCAUAUUCCGUGGCCGAAGUACUUGUCAGGACAGUCUGCCUGGAAAAGUAAAAUUGUUUCUGAACCUGGAUCAAGACUCUGCACAAGUAUCGGAACAAAUGUAUCCUAAACAUUAUAACUCAUUUUAUUUUCACACCAGUAUCUAAUUCUAUGAACUAACUUCAUCAAUGAAAGAGCUGUGUGGAUUUUUACCUUGGAUAUACACUUUAAACGGAAAAUUAAAGUAUUUCUACAUUAUGUAGAAUUGGAACUAUAGA